AUGCCCACGUGGCUGCUGCGGUCCAUUUGCCUUGCGCGCUACGCUGCUGCAAGCCCCUUCUGCCUCCAGCAGCAGCAGCAGCAGCAGCAGCAGCAGCAGCAGCAGCAGCAGCAGGAGGGUUGCUGCAGGGCUCGGCUGCUGCUGCCAGUGUACGACAUGCACAUAGCAGCAGAUGCUGCUUACUUCGUCUUCAGCAGCAGCAGCCAGUCCCUGGGGGCCUCCCUGCUGCAGAGAGGGGCCCCCUGGCCUCGCGCCCCUUGCUGCAGCUGCAGCAGCAGCAGCAGCAGCAGCAGCAGCAGCAGCAGCAGCGACGUGCUGCGCCGGGAGAGCGCGCGCCUGUUUUUGUUUCUGCUGCUGUGCGGGCUGAAGUGUCUGAGCAGCAGCAGCAGCAGCGGCGCGCUCCCCGAGCAGCAGCAGCGGCAGCAGGAGCAGCAGCAGCAGCUGCUGCCACAGCAGCAGCAACAAAACGAGCACCAGGAGCAGCAGCAGCAGCAGCAGCAGCAACAGCAGCAGCAGCAGCUGCUGCUGCAGCAACUGCCACUCAAGAGAAGACGAGGAAGCUGCUGUUGUCUGGGGCGUCGGGAUCUGCCUUGCUGCGUACUUGCUGCUGCUGCAGCAGCAGCAGCAGCAGAAGCAGCAAGGCAAACAGCAGCAGCAGCAGCAGCAGCAGCACAAACAAGAGCCGCCAAAGCAAAAGCAGCAGCAGCAGGAGCAAAAGCAGCAGCAGCAGGACCAGAAACAGCAGGAGCAGCAGCAAAAACAGCAGCAGCAGCAGCAAAAACAGCAGCAGCAGCAGCAACAGCACAAACAGCAGCAGCAGCAGAAGCAGCAGCAGCAGCAGGAGUUAAGGGAAAGUCUGAAGCGCGAAGCUUUUUGCGAUGGGUGGCGUUCUAG